AUGAAGAAAGAAGGCUCUGCUGAUCAGAGUCUGAAUGAAGCCAGGGCUCUAUACUGUAUGCCUGGCAGUAAUUAUGUCAGCAAAGGGAAGAGGAUUAAGGCACCAUCCCAUCCAGGGGUCCCAUUAGUGGGACUGAUGUUGUUGGCCAUCCUCCCUAUUGGAACAAGCAUCAAACAAACUCUCCCCAGGGUUAAACUCAGCCACAGAGAACUGCUGCAAGCUGGCAGUGUAUCUUUGUUUUUGGGCCCCUCCGAUGGCCUUCUCUCACACUCCCUGCUGUUGGAUGAGGAGAGAGGUCGUCUUCUUUUGGGAGCCAGGGAUCACAUCUACCUGCUUGACCCUGACAAUCUGUCCAGAAGUCCCAGAAAGAUUCACUGGCCUGCCCCGCGGGACCAAGUCGAAAUGUGCAAACUGGCUGGCAAAAAUGCAAAUUUGGAGUGUGCUAACUUUGUCAGGGUCCUCCACAACUACAAUCGAACACAUGUCUAUGCCUGUGGGACAGGAGCCUUCCACCCCAGCUGUGCCUUCAUUGAAAUUACUGGCCGCAGAGAGGAUGGUGUUUUCCACUUGUUGUCUAGUACAGUGGAGUCAGGCAGAUUGAAAUGUCCUUUUGAUCCCUUGCAACCAUUUACCUCAGUCCUCACAGACCAGUACUUGUAUGCGGGCACUGCUUCAGACUUCUUGGGCAAAGACACAACAUUCACACGCUCCCUCGGCCCUCCACCUGACCAGCACUACAUACGCACAGACAUCUCUGAAGACUACUGGAUCAAUGAGGCCAGGUUUAUAUCUGCUCAUCCCAUUGCAGACACCUACAAUCCAGAUGAUGAUAAGAUAUACUUUUUCUUCCGUGAGGUGUCAUGGGAAGGCAACGACAAGAGCAUCCUGUCCCGAGUGGCUCGUGUGUGCAAGAAUGAUGUGGGUGGGCUGAGGAGUUUGACCAACAAAUGGACCACCUUCCUCAAAGCCAGACUUGUGUGUUCUAUCCCUGGACCAGAUGGAGUGGACACACACUUUGAUGAGCUCCAGGACAUCUUUAUGCUUCCUACCAGAGAUGACAAAAACCCCAUAGUAUAUGCUGUCUUCACCACCUCCAGCUCCAUUUUCCGUGGCUCAGCUGUGUGUGUAUACAACAUGGCAGACAUAAGGGCUGUGUUUAAUGGACCAUAUGCCCACAAAGAGGGGCCCGACCACCGAUGGGUAGAAUACGAAGGGAGGAUACCAUAUCCACGUCCUGGAACGUGUCCCAGCAAGACAUAUGACCCAAGGAUCAAGACCACUAAAGACUUCCCAGAUGAAGUGAUCAGUUUCAUUCGUUUCCACCCACUGAUGUAUCGCUCUGUCUACCCUCUGACUGGCCGGCCCGUGUUCACACGUGUCCGAGUAGACUACACAUUGACUCAGAUUGUGGUGGACAGAGUUUUAGCAGAGGAUGGACCAUAUGAAGUCAUGUUUCUGGGAACAGAUGCCGGCUCAAUUCUGAAGGUAGUGAGCAUCACUCAAGAUAACUGGUCCACAGAGGAGGUGGUGCUUGAAGAACUUCAAGUAUUCCAGGUUCCCAUUCCCAUCCUCACAAUGGAGAUGUCUUCUAAACAGCAACAGCUCUACGUGGGUUCAAGUGAGGGGCUCGCCCAGGUUUCACUCAGUAGAUGUCACCUUUAUGGCCAAGCCUGUGCUGAAUGCUGUCUGGCACGUGACCCCUACUGUGCCUGGGAUGGACAUACAUGUUCACGAUACAUCCCUGCAUCCAAGAGACGAGCCAGGAGACAAGACAUCAAGCAUGGAGAUCCUGCUAGCCAGUGCUGGGACGCAGAAGACAGCCGUGGUGGAGGACAGGUGGAGGAGAGGGUUCUCUUUGGAGUGCAGAGCAACUCCACUUUCCUUGAGUGUAUCCCCAAAUCUCAACAGGCCCAGAUCCGGUGGUACAUACAGAGAGCGGGAUCUGAACGCAGGGAGGAGGUCAGGCUGGAUGAUCGUGUUGUUCACACCAAACGAGGUCUCUUGAUUCGCUCCCUCCAUACCUCUGAUGCUGGCGUGUAUGUCUGUGUUGCUGAAGAGCACACUCACUUUACCCACACUCUCCUCCAUCUAACACUGCAACUUGUUACACACGGACAACUUGACGGAAGGCCCAAGCCCAGCGAGGACCCCGUGGUGGAGCUGCGCCAUGGUGGGGAGUCCCGUCAACGUUAUAAAGACUACUUGAAAGUGAUGAACUCCCCAAUUGGCUCUCUGGAGGAGUACUGCGAUUCACUGUGGCUAGAGAAGAGGCCAUCAAAGGCAAGAGGACGAGGCUUAGGAGUUGGCAAAUGGAAACACAUCCAGGAAAUGAAGAAGAGCAGGAACAGGAGACACCACAGAGAAAAGGAGCAAAAGAGGGUGCGAGGGAGGGUGGUGAGGACAGCAGAGCAGUGA